AUGGCCCCAUCCAAGACCUCCAGCAAGUCCUCCAGAGCCGCUCCGAAGGCCGCCAAACCCGCUGCUCCGCCGAAGAAGGAGGCCAAAGGACGAGAAGGACCUGGAUUGAUGAGUCAGAUGGCGGCUACGGCCGCUGGCGCUGCGGUUGGGUCGGCUGUUGGACAUGCCGUUGGGCAUUCGUUGGUCGGCGGGAGCAAAGGUAAGAAAAAUCCUUUAAAUGGCCUAAAAUGUUUAGGCCAUUUUUCUAGGUGAUCCUAGCGGUCAGAAUUACCCACUAAGAUUAUUAUAGCUAGAUCAAGAAAAUUGGUCGGAUUUGAUCAAAAUUAGAAUUUUUGGCCGAGUCUUUUUUUGUCGUUUAAUUAUACAGGAUGCGCCAAAAAAUGGACAAAUUUUUUGGCUUUGGGAUAAGGUAUUUGGGGACACGUUUCGGUCCAAUAAAUAGCGAUGUGCAAGCAAUAUAUUCACGAUAAAGAUUGAGUUAUAAUUUUAUUGCAACUUUUUUUUUCGGGGGUUCAAGUUGUGCAUGUUCCGAUCGUAUAUAAUUCUCGAAAGUGUGAAUUUUGGAAAGUUAUCCCCUUUUCAGGUUCCGCUUCGGAUUCCCCGAACACCUCUAAGAAGCCUUGCGAUUCCGAAUGGCAGCAGUACGUGGAAUGUGUGGAGCGAGACAAGGACCCUCAACUUUGUAAACAAUUGCUUGAACUGUUCACUGACUGCCGCAGAACUGCUGGAAAAUAA